AGUUUUCCCUGCGUGCUAUCCAGACAGUAUAAUCGAACAGACGGUUCACUUUCUGUUGACGUGGUGGUAACAAUUUUCGACUUUCACAUAUUUAUACGUAAAAGUUAGUUAGUUGAGCAGUGCUGGCAGAAGCGAGCAGUUAUGCUGGACUUUGCCAUCUUUGCCGUCACGUUUGUCAUUAUUUUGGUGGGCGCCGUCCUCUAUUUGUACCCGUCAUCCAGACAAGCAUCCGGCAUCCCAGGACUCAACCCAACAGAUGAGAAGGAUGGAAACCUGCAGGACAUUGUCAGCCGAGGCAACCUGCAUGACUUUCUAGUCAGUCUGCACGAGGACUUUGGGUCUGUGGUGUCGUUCUGGUUUGGAGGCAGGCCAGUGGUCAGCCUCGGCUCCGUGCACCAGCUACAGCAGCAUGUCAACCCCAACCACACUACUGACUCUUUUGAGACAGUGUUGAAGUCGUUGCUUGGUUACCAGUCUGGGAUGACAAGCGGGGCCGGGGACACUGUGAUAAGGAAGAAGGUGUAUGAGAGCGCCAUCAACAGCACACUGAAGAACAACUUCACACUUGUGCUGAAGUUGGUGGAAGAGCUGGUGGCAAAGUGGAGAUCCUAUCCAAAGGACCAGCACGCCCCGUUGUGCGCCCACCUGCUGGGCCUUGCCAUGAAGACCGUCACCCAGCUGGGUCUGGGCGAUCACUUCAGAGAUGAUGCUGAGGUUAUCCACUUCCGCAAGAACCACGAUGCGAUCUGGUCCGAGAUUGGGAAAGGCUACUUGGAUGGCUCCUUAGAGAAAAGCCCCAGCAGAAAAGCACGUUAUGAAAAGGCUCUGUCAGAAAUGGAAUCUGUGCUGCUGUCAUUGGUGAGGGGGAGGAAGGCCCAGAGGAAGCAGACGGUGUUUGUGGAUUCUCUGAUCCAGUCCAGCUUCACAGAACGACAGGUCAUGGAGGACUGUAUGGUUUUCACUUUGGCUGGAUGUGUUAUUACUGCUAACUUGUGUAUCUGGGCCAUUCACUUCUUGUCCACCUCAGAAGAAGUGCAGGACAAGUUGUACAAGGAGCUGGUGGAUAUUUUGGGUUCUGAACCAGUUUCUCUGGAUAAGAUCCCUCAGUUGAGAUAUUGCCAGCAAGUCCUCAAUGAGACUGUCAGGACUGCUAAACUAACCCCCAUUGCUGCUCGGCUGCAGGAAGUGGAGGGGAAAGUCGACCAUCAUCUCAUCCCAAAAGAGACCUUGGUGAUCUAUGCCUUGGGAGUGAUCCUGCAGGAUUCAGACACCUGGAGCACACCAUACAGGUUUGACCCAGAUCGGUUUGAAGAGGAAUCGGCACAAAAAAGCUUCUCUCUCCUGGGCUUCUCGGGUAACCAAACAUGCCCAGAGCUCAGGUUUGCGUACACUGUAGCUACGGUCCUGCUCAGCACGCUGGUGCGGCAGCUGAACCUUCACCAGUUGAAGGAUCAGGUCAUGGAGGUCAGAUCUGAACUGGUAUCUACACCCAAAGAAGAAACCUGGAUCACUUUCAGCAGAAGGAGCUAGACCUAAUACCCAACUCCACUCGUGGGCAAUCUGAAAAAUUUCAUUCCAAAAAGCAAUGUUUCAGAAAUGGCACACGUCACACAUGUCUGUGACUGACGUUACAACCUUUUUUUACAUAGUAUUAUCUCCAUUGGUGGCUUUUAUUUAAAAUUGGUUGUAUUUUAUUUUGGAAUUAAACUGUUCAUGACCAUCAUUG